UGGAAGCUACAUGCCCGUACGCUACAGGAAGAAUACAAAAGCCUGGAUGAGUCGUGACUUAUUUGCCGAGUGGCUUGUCGAGUUCCACCGCGACAUGGCACGAAAAAACAGGAAGGUCCUGCUCGUGCUGGAUAACUGUGCGGCGCACCAUGUGCAGCCUUCCUUGAGUGCGGUGACAGUGCUCUUCUUGCUUCCCAAUGCAACCUGCAAAAUUCAGCCGCUGGAUAUGGGCAUCAUUCAUGCGUUCAAGGUGUGCUACCAGCGGCGCGUCAUCCAACGCUUGUUGAUCGCGAUUGAUGCUGCCAUGCCAGUUCGCAUCAGCUUGCUUGCCGCUGUGGACAUGUUGAAAGCGGCGUGGAUGGAACUCACCGCGGAGUGCAUAGAAAAUUGCUUCCGCAAGGCGGGUUUUAUGGGCCCAGGCACCGAGGACGCCAUAAAUCACCCACCGGAAGGCCGGUCGCACGAGGAGUUGUGGCAACGCGUCGUUGACACGCAGCUGGCCGGACCUGACGUUGCCUGGGACGAUUUCGUUUCUGCUGAUGACGACACCGACAUUGCGGAGCCAUGCACUGACGAAGCUAUUGUGCGUGAAGUGCGAGCCCUUCCUGACUGCCCAGAGACCGACGAGGACAAUGACGAGGAUGCUGCUCUACCGCCGGUUGCUGUGAAUGCUUCAACCGCGAUCGGUUACAUCGCGUCGCUUAAGGAACUCGUGUGCAGCAGAGGCCUUGGCGAUGAACAUAUUACCACGCUGGAAAAAUUAGAAACGGCAGUGAUGCGAUCAGCUUUGAAGAAGCAGACAUGCAUCACAGACUUUUUUCAAAAAUAAAGUGAACUUUCGUCUCGCUUGCUCUUUUUUCCCGUAUUAUAGGUGGUCCACUUAGUACGAACUUUGGAUACAACGAACAAAUGCCACGUGACGAUCAAGUUCGUUAUAUGUG